CGGACCGCUUCAUUAAAAACUCCACCCAACCGCCAAUGGCAGCGCAGAGGACGGUGCUUCCCGCUCCGCCGUCCGCCGGGGGAGAGUAUUUAGGAGCGCAGUCCAUCCUGGAGGGCAGACAACAGGUGCAUCGGGCACGACCCUGUCCUCAACAGGCUGAGAGGGAAGGGAAUCCGGGUUUACUCAACGUAGUGGAGACUGAAGAUGCGACUGAAAGGAGGAGAUUCAAAGUACUGGGACAGUAUGAGUAGAAGGCUGGGAGAUUUUGUUGGGAAGAGAAGACAUUGUUUCUUUAAGGGGCAAAACGACGUCCCCCAUUACGUAUCGUACAAGCGGUUCAGGAGAAGAAUCACCCAGGCGAGCAGCAGUGACGCUCCUGCUGCAAGUACACCGCUGGCCACUAGGGGGCAGUGUGAGCCCAGCUUUGAGUUUGAUAACGUCUGUCAGAAACUGGACCUGGAUUCCCCACCGAGACAUCGUGAACCAGAACAGAGGGUCCAACAGGGAAAUCGCCAAGAGACAGCGUUGACAGAAGGCUUGUCCCACGGCGUAGCUGUCACACCACCAAACACAUCGCGCAUUACUGCCAGGGGAAGGACAUCCACAAAAAAUGCCUCAGAGCAGGGAUGGGUGUGGAGAGCCGCAGUUCAGUCAGAUUCGGAGGAGAGAAGAUGUGAUUUGCAGCCGUUUGAUGUUCUGGACGAAGCUGAUGUGAGUCUGCAGGGAAAGUCAGUGAUGAGGUUGGCGGCUCCCUCACUGCUGAACGACUACUACGCUAAUCUUCUCGACUGCAGUUGUAAUGGUAUGAUUGCAUUAGCCCUGGGCUCUUCUGUUUACCUUUGGAAUUCAGAAACUCGUGCUCUGCUGGGACAUUUGGGUCCGAGUAAACAAGGAGGACGGCCGUCUGACCGUCACGCUCAGUCCAUCACGUGUCUGUGCUGGAGCGGAGACGGCAGGGCUCUCUGCAUUGGGACCAGGCGGGGGGAGAUACAGUUGUGGGAUGUUGAAGACCAGCAGCAUUUAAGGUGUCUACCAUCAGACUUGUCUGUGGUCAGAGCUCUUUCCUGGAAACAAGAGUUAGUCAGCAGUGGCUCUGUUCUUGGGCAUAUCCAUCACUUUGACCCUCGGGCUCCUACACCUCUGGUAGGUGUAGCUGUCCAGAAAGAUGCCAUCUGCAGCCUUCAGUGGUCACCAGGAGGCGACCGGCUGGCCAGCGGCUCCUCAGAGGGCCUUCUCUGUAUAUGGGACAGUCAUGUCACAGGCCUCACAAAGUCACAACAGCCAGUCACUACAAUGAAGCAGCCUAGCACCGUUAAGGCAAUGGGAUGGUGUCCAUGGCAGAGAAAGAUGAUCGCUACCGGAGGGGGAUGGAAAGAUGGGGAGCUGAGAAUCUGGGACACGGAUUCAGGCACCUGCGUGACCUCUGCCAACACAAAUUCACAGAUCUGUUGUCUACGAUGGGCUGAAAGGAAGAGAUAUCUGGUCACAGGCCACGGCCUUCCUCAGCACCAUGUGACCUGCUGGACCUGGGAGUUUCCCUCCAUCAGCCCGACCUACCAGCUCACAGGUCAUUCUCAGCGAGUCCUACACUUGGCCUUAAACCCUACUCACAUUUUCUCUGCUGGAGCGGACCAGCGCUUUCACAUCUGGGACAUGUAAUCACCAACGUCACUGAAAGUGGACGGUAAAUACUUCGGCUCAGCCGUGUGAAAAACUUGUGUCCACAUGCCGGUAGCAGCUUUAUUUGGUAGUGCCAUUUGUCUAGAGAAUGCACAUUUCCUCUCCUCUGCUCUGAACCAACCACAAUACCAAGCUAGCUCACCACAGUCAAACUUGAAGAAGGUUCAUCUCUCACAGAUGAUGGGUCUCUUUAGCAUAAAAUAAUACGUUAGGAAUUAAAUUCUAUACAAUGUAUUCCGUUUUUGCAGUAACUACAAAUAUCUGUUUUUGGUGAUUAUAUCUAACAGGGCAUUUGUGGGAAAAUAACACAGAAAAUGCCUCAAAUACAUAAAGUCAUCAUCCUCUGGCCACAUAGGAGAAAGAGUAAAAACAAGCAAACAAAGAUAUGUAAUAUUUGACCAUCACUGACUUUAAUCUGUGUUUAAGCAGCCUUUUUGGACAGUAAGCUGCUAAAGGUUCACUGGUGAGCUCCAGGCUGUGUAAAGCCUCUCAUGUAGUUACUUUAGAACACAUUUAAAGAAGAAAUUGGUAGUGCAAAUAAUUCAGUCACAGCGAACACAAUUCUUAAACCAUUUAUGUAUUAAUUCCACGUGUGAUUCAUAUAACCUGUAAAAUGUUUUGUUUCAUGUAUGUUAUCCUUUCUUUCCCGACUACACCGUCCUGAGAUGUGUAACCAAAUAAACAUUGUUACAUGUGGAACAAUUAAA